AUGACCCCAGAUGGGACUAGCCAUGACCUGACUGAAGCGGUGGUUGGUGCUGGUGUCAGUGGAUGUUCCUCAGCCCGGUUCCUGCGUCAGGUGUUCGGUUCCGGGGUGCCUAUCGAUGUGUACGAGAGCGAGUCGGUGGGUGGAACCAUGGCGACAGCCUGGCUGAAUGGCCAGGAGUAUGAAAUGGGAGAAGAAGUUUGCCCAGAGCCUGGGUCUGAAGGAGAGGAGGUGGUGUUUGAGGAGAGUAAAUGGUUCCUCGUCAACAUCGUCAAGCUGCUGUGGAGGUACGGCCUGGACUACAUCCGGACAAAGGGCUGGCUGGACGCUCAUAUGCACAACUUCCUGAAGAUUUAUCAGCUCCAGGCCCGCGCUCAGUGCUCCAGGAGUGCAGAGAGACUUCUGCAGGAGGCAGGGGGCCUGGACCUGGCACAGCUCACCCAGCUCUCCAUCUCCGACGCCUUGCGGGAGGUGGGCAUUGGCCAACUGUUCCUGGACGAGAUGGUCACCCCCAUCGUGCGGCUCACUUACGGCCAAGACACCAACGUCAGUGCCUUCGCAGGUAUGAUGGCCCUGACUGCGGUACACUCUGACCUCUGGGCUGUGGAAGGAGGGAACAAACUCCUGUGUUCUGGCUUGCUCUACUCAGCCAAAGUUAACCUCAUCAAAGGCAAGGUCACAGCAAUAACCUCCAAGAGGCGGCUGCUACGCACUGGCGAAGAGCUGCUGCUGUACGAGCUGAGCUAUGAGGACGGCCCGGGACAUGGUUAUGGUCUGUACGACAUUGUGGUGGUAACUGCGGGCGAGAUCUCUGGGAGCGGAGGACCCACUGUUCGGCGCCAGCCCAGGGUGGUCACUCUUGUCGAUGGUUGCUUGAACACUUCAUCCUUUGGGCGCCACAGCCCUGACUCUCUCCCAGACUCCCUCAUUCUCACCGCCUCCCGCUCUCCUACCACUGUCAUGGCCACCAUGGUGACCAGGGGCGUCCGCUCCCUCCCCGAUCCCCUGCCCCAGCCUCCUUGUGCCCGGACCUGGAGGCUGCUAUCGGCCGAGCCUCUGACCCGGGAGACCCUGGACCAUCUGUUCCCCUCCGUCCGGGCCGUACGCCAAUCCCGGUGGCUCUCCGGGGUUCCCAAUCCCAUCGCGGUUCAGCGGCACCCAUCCUUCGCUGUCCACGGCCAUCUUUACCGCCUUAGCCCCUCGGAGGGCGCCACCGGGACCGCGGAGUUGGCCGUCAUCUGGGCCCAGAACGCCGCCAUGUUGGCACACCGCCGCUGGCACCGAGGCUCAGAGCGGGAAGGACGGAGUGUGCCGCGGGGGUCUCUCAGGCUGGAGCUCUGA